CGAGAUGUUCCCAGAUGAGGGCAUCUCACUUCAAGGGAAAAGCUGAACCUCUUGAAUGACCCACUCAGUUUGGAAAGAUGGCUGAAUUUUCUGUUGGCUACUUGGUUUUCCUUCUCCCCUUUGCACUGGCUUGUUCACCACAGAAAGCAGAUUUUGUCAUGGUUUCCUGCUUCCCUAAUGCAAUUAUUGCAAGUGUUCCCGAGUGUCCAUAUGGGUGGGAAAUCACCCAGCUGUCCCUUGGUGGAGUCUGCUACAGUGGAUCCAACAGUAUGGGCUUUUAUCGAUUUGCGAUUCCAGACUUGACACCCAAAAACAACUCCUAUUGCAGCACUCAUUCUGAGUUUCUUGGGGGUAAGGAUCCUAAGUAUGUUUUCUAUAACUCAAUAGUUUCCAAUGAUACUUUGCUAACAGUACGGAACCAGCCUGUGAACUAUUCUUUUAGCUGCACUUACAAAGCAUCUUAUCUUGUAAGCAACGCAGUUUUCAGCCAAAGAGUGGCAACAAUCUACGUCAACAACGGGAGUGUUGGUUCUUUCAGAUCUCAGUUGUCAAUGAAUGUUUUUACUAAUUCCAAGUUUCUAUAUGCCAAGGAUUCACCAUAUACAAUUGAUAUAUCAGAAAUUGGUUCAGAGGUGUUCAUUGGGAUUGAGGCCAAGGGAUUAAGCAGCAGAUUUAAAGUUGUCAUUAAAAAUUGCUGGGGAACUCCUUCCCCACAACCUGCAGACAAAAAACGGUGGAGCCUUAUCAUUAACAGUUGCUCUGCAGAUAACACUGUGACCAUCUUUGAAAAUGGAAAAGACAGCAGAUCCAUGUUCAAAUUUAAUUCAUUUCGAUUUCAACUGCUGGAGAAGGUUUCGACUGUGUGGCUACACUGUGAUGUUGAAAUAUGCGACAGUGAGAAGAUGUCUUGUCAGCCAGCUCAACCCUGCACUUUAAGGAGUCAGCAGUCUGAACCUUUUGGAGGGGUACUGUCGGCAGAGUUCCAGCUGCAAGGUAAGCAGGCUAAAUUCUGA